CAUCAAUGAAGCAGGAGAUUGAAAUCUUAGAGAAGAAAAUAGAGAACUUGACCAAAUCUUUAAACAGAUUUUGCAAGAUGAAGGGAGAAUUAGAUUGUGUAGAGACAAUAGGACUAAUUAAUAACUUCAUGAAGAAAAGGAUGUGUUGCAGAUUCGUUCGCCUGGAUAUGCAGCUGUGGAAAGCGAGUUCCUUUGAGAGUAAAAGUGGCCAUCGUGAUAUCACUCUUGACUAUCUUGGAUUAAUUUACCAAAGGCUCAGUUUGACUGCUCAUCCAGUUCCAAGUUUAACAGUUUCCAACAAAUUGGCCAAUACAAAGAUAGAACAGAAUUAUCCAAAUAUGGCAGCUCGCACAGCAUUCACUUUUGUUUUCAAUAGUGAGACAGUUAAGAACUAUGCCACUUCAAGAUGUUUGGCAAAGGAAACGCAAAUGACACAUCUGCUUCUUAGAAAUCUCUUGGAUGUACUUGAGGAAUUACUUCUAGCACGACUAGAAAUCAAGAGUCUAACACACACAAGUUUUUUCUCUUCAAGAGAUGGGCAACUUGAUCUGCUGCUUUCCUUCAUUGACUUCCGCAGUGAUCAGAAGGUGGCAUUAAGCUUUGACGUGACAUGUCUGAAUUGUGGGCUUUAUCCUUCGGAGGCUCUCCCAUAUCAUGUUGAAGCUUCCAUGGAGAAAAUUUUCACUCGCUGCCUCAGUCACUUUCAAAGGAGAUUUCAACUGCUAUAGAGCGUCUACGGGUGGGAUACUCAAGAAUUUUGAGGCUCUGCCGAUGUGUCUCCAAGGAAUUGCGAGGUUAAAGUAUAUUGUAUUGAAUCAGAGGAAAAAUAGAAGUUGGAUUCCAAUAGC